GUGUGUCUCUCGCGCCUCGAGCUGAUGACUUUAAAUCCGCCGUCGCAGGCCGGAGCUGAGCGAUUUUGGUCGCGGAGGUUUCUCUACGGAUCUAAACGGAGCGCCGGACCUACGAUAAAGUCCUCAAAGAAGAGGCAAAUUAUGCCAGCAGCACCAGUGUCCCUGUUCCUGGUGACGUGCCGGCGUGUUGGUGAGAAAGCCCCGCCCCUUCACCCCAGUCCCCGCCCUCUCCCCCGCCCCUCUCCCCUCUCCCGUGGGAGGCCCGUGCCGGUGGAUGCACCGCUCCGGCCCAAGCCCGCACCAUGAGUGUCAACGGCCCGGUCCCGCCACCCGUCCCGCCCGCCGACGCCACGGAGGCCCCGCCCACGACGACGGUGGCACCGGUGGGCACGCUGGCGCAGAAGAAGAGGCUGCAGUACGCCAAGAGCAAGAGCAGCUCGGCCAACACGCGGCCACAGAGAGCGCUGUUCUGCCUGAACCUGAACAACCCGUUUCGCCAGGCCUGCAUCAGCAUCGUGGAGUGGAAAUAUCCUUUUCACAUGCUCAGAGAGGCAGACAGACAGACAGACAGUACACUUUAGUCUUUUUAGUACCUUUUUUCAUAACCUCCACCCCACCAGGAAAAAGGAAAAUAAAAAUAAACGUAGC